UUUCAAGAUGAUUGGCGCCCACGCUGGCGUAUGCGCCGAAACGUAAUGCUUAUUGCCUCAACAGUGACAAAUGAUAGGCGACAGUAAAGAAUGAACGAAUUUGCUACUAAUGAGCCUCAUCGAUAUUUUCGAAUACAGAUAAACAGUGAACACCUGACUUCUAACUCUCAUAGGCAUAUUGAACGUCACUUUCAACGUUACAUAUAAACAUCCAGUUAAGAGGUGGUCAUAAGCGACUGACUGCUCCAGGGGAGUUCGGAACAUUCAGAUCGAAACAAAGCACACACGCUGCACACACCCUCCUGAUUUGUUUGCUAUUUCACACUAUAGUGGACAUCUUUUUCGUAGUUCAUGGCACCACCUUUGCUGGUCUCAGUAUAUUUUGAUGGUCCUUCGAGGAGUCAUCUAGAAGACGAACACAGGCUAGGCCUGGUGAAUAUUUGAACAGUGAGUUAGAAUUCCAGCACGGAGUAUUAAAUUUAUGAAGUGGAAAAGAUGGCAAGGAUACCGUCACCAGAAGACGAAUGAGUUACAACUUUGGAGUAACAAAAGUUGGUAACAGCCCCAUCCUAUUCUAAUUUCCAUAGCGUUGGAUUGAUUGCGAUGGAUUUGACAAUUCUGGACAUUUUCUAAGUCAUGGUAUUCAGUAUUUCCAACGGUGCCUACUCCCCAAGCCUCGCUGCAAGGAAUGCUGCAAGGAAUGAAGAAAGGACUGGAGGUCGCCACGGUUCCUUUCAUAGGGGACUAUCCGCUGAUAAUUCAGCCUAUCUCGAAUUUUGUUCGACCUAUGACAAUCCGUCAUUCCAAUAUGACGACUUCUCACACGGACCUCCGACCUCAAGAUAUAAGUAUCAGGAUGAAGAACCGGCCAGCAUCACUUUCAAGGAAGGCGGAGAGAAGAAGACUUGCUGCUGCUACGCACUUUUCAUUUUACUUAUUAUCCUCAUAUACGCCGGUGUCGUUGUGGGAGUAUGUAUUUAUUUUUUAGUUAUUUUACCAGAGCAAAGGGCGUCGAUGAAGCCAAUAGAACACUAUACGAAGAUUUUCUCUUGUCAAGUCAGAGUAGUGGAAGGACCCUUCUCCCAACAUAACAUAAUGCUGAACGAACCUUUGUCUUCCCAAUAUCAAACAUUCGCUGGAGCAUGGCAGUUUCAGAUGGACCAAACCUUUAAAGACAGUUCACUCGGCAGUAACUAUGAUAGUACAAAAGUAACAAGUUUUGGAAAAGGCAGUCUCAUUAUCAACUUCGACAUUAAUCUAAAAAAAGAGAUUGGAGCGAAGGAAUCAGUUUAUGACGAUAUCAAGAGAAUCAUCCUAUCAUCGUGCAAGGUUGACAAAGAAAAGUCAACACAGUCAUUAUGUAUCAGUGGGGGGUUCCUGUUUUCAAGGAAUGAUAUCAACGUCACAUCAACAGAUGGAAAGAAACCAGAAGCCACAACCACUCCGCCGGAGCCGCCGAGUCCUGACUGCGUCCUGAUACCAAACAAUACACACUUUGGCUGCCACACAUUUUACACCCAUGCCAUUUUCCCAAACUUUAUAAAUCAGACGAAUAUGAAAGAAGCCAAAGCGGCUCUUUUGUCUAAUGAUAUAUUGAUAACUACUGACUGUUAUUGGCAUACGAAACUAUUCCUAUGCAGUUUACUGAUGCCUAAAUGUGUGAACAGAACGGUAAAUAUUACGACGACCGCCAUGCCCACUACAACAGGCAACACAGCCCCACCCACAACUGCAGGUGCUACGACGCAACCAGCAGGCGGAUCACAUGGAGGAUCUACCCAACCCGUUGGAGCUACGACCCAAACCGCAGGAGGUUCUACCCAACCAGCGGCUAAUUCUAUACAGCCUUCUGCUGGUGGUACGACUCACCCUGUUGGAGGUACUACCCAAUCUAUACAGCCUUCUGCUGGUGGUACAACUCAACCUGUUGGAGGUACUACCCAACCAGAAGGACACCAGACCAAACAGGCAGUAGGAACGACACAGCUUCCUAGAUAUCCUAUCACAGAAGAGAGGCCAUUCCAACUACCACCUUGUAGGAAUAUAUGCGAUGCUGCUAUAAAGAACUGCGGAUGGUUGUAUAGCUGGGGAAGCAGUACCGACUAUUUGAAGAUUAACUGUAGUGACUUCCCCGACUCAACUGAUCCCGAGGUUUGUGUAGGAGGGCAGGAGGCCAAUACUCCAGCAGUUGUAGGGGUUUGUUCAAAGGGUUACAUGGAGUGUGACAAUCCACAACGUUGUAUCCACACCACCUGGAAAUGCGAUAGUUACAGUGAUUGCGAGGAUAAGUCAGAUGAAAAGGACUGUAGUUAUUGUCAAGCGACAAAAUACAAAUGCUCUGGCGGGGCUUGCGUUGACGAGGUGGCAAGAUGUAAUGGAACUGGGGAGUGUUCAAUGGACUCGGAUGAAAAACACUGUGUAAACCUCGCACCCGCAAACACUUCUGCACCGCGUGUGAACGGGCAAGGCGUACUUCAAGUGUACUCUUCUGCGAAUGCUUCUUUCAUUGACGCAUGUGCCACGGGAUGGGACGCCAAUGCCACGGCCAUGGCAUGCAAACAGAUGGGCUUUAGAUCAAUAAAUGCAACCUACGUCGAAGUCGAUGCCACUGGAGACAUAGGGCCAAAACUAAAGAAGAGUGAUCUCAGUGGGAAAUAUCUUCAUGCCAAUUUAGAUCUCAAGGCAACUUGUCCGUCCAAUAAAACUGUACAGCUUACAUGUGGGGAAGCAGAAUGUGGCACCCGCCCCGCCUAUGUCCCAUCUUUCGCCAGAAUUGUCGGUGGAACUGAAGUGCGACCGGGGAGCUGGCCUUGGCUAGUGGGUCUUUACGGUGGCGAGCGAGGCGCCUUCUACUGUGCUGGAGUCAUGAUCAACGAAUUGUGGGUACUGACAGCUGCACAUUGCAUUGGCGGAAUGACUCCACUGGAUGAUCUCAACAUACAUUUCGGGGCGACUCGUCGCUUCGCCUUCAGCAAAUACAAGCAGGUUCGAAAAGCCGUUCAAAUGACGAGACAUCCGAAUCACACCAUGCCAGAUCCGCCUUAUGAUGUUGGCUUGAUUAAAGUCAAUGAGUCUGUAGUUUUCAAUGACUACGUGAGACCGAUAUGCCUGCCCCCUCACGGCAAGGAUAUGAAGCCAGGAAUGUCCGGAUACGUAACAGGGUGGGGAAAAACGUCGGAAACAGCAUCCGGCUACUCGGAUGUAGCAAAACAAGUCUUGGUCACCCUUGCUGAUACGAUAGAAUGUUCGGCCACACUGAUCAACGUUGCGGCAUACUUUAAAGGGAUGGUCCAAAAAGGCAAGUCCAUAUGUGCAGUCGGGGAGAUUGGAUACGACGCAUGCCAGGGCUUGAAGAGAGGACUACACGGAGACAGCGGAGGGCCACUCGCAUUUGAAGAAAAAGGCAAAUGGUAUGUUGGAGGAAUAGUGUCCACCGGGGUAGGAUGUGCCAGAGGUUAUCCUGCAGUUUAUACUAGUGUGCCGUACUACGUAAACUGGAUACACAGUGUGAUCGGUACUUAGUUGGAGCAAAACUUCAUAAGCUUGAUGUCAAAGAAGGCUACAGGCUACUCGGCAUCCGCAUAACUGGCCAUCAAACAACUACAAAUGAACAACUACUGAUUGUUCUCAGCUUGCCGAUCCAAAGCGAUAUGCAGUCUGUCGCAGUCAGGACGAUUCGGAAGCCUAUUAUAGGUGAAAUGCCCGGAAUGUAGUUAGAGAAUUCCCAGAGCAACAUCGGUCUGAUUCCUCACCAUUUUGCCAAAUAAGAAGCAAUCAAUGCUACUUCAGUGGAAUAGUGGUUGACAGAAUAUUAGCAGAGUCGUUGCUUUGAAAUAAGUAGUCCAAUAAUGACCUUAACCACGAUCGCAUAUAGUUAUAGACCGUUAGGGUCUAGCAACGUACAGGGUCCGUGUCAUGUAAACGUGUCCCUAUGCAACUGAACUGCAUUCUUUUCUAAUAGAAGGAUGUGUAAAUUAAUCAAAAUUGAAAUAGCGAAAAUAACCCGCCUCUAUACCAUGUAAAUAUUUUGUUAAUGUAGUUUGCAGCCGAUGUUUUCCACCGUCCAUUUCAAAUUGUAAAUAAAUAUCACGUAUUUAUUGUAUUAAAAUCGCGUCUAUCAUAUCAAGGUAUUACUAGCAUUCCAUAAACGCAACAUAGUUUGAAUGAGUCGAGAUCAUUUGCACACUUGUACUCAAUUCUUUAUGUUGAAAUAAAGCAUCAUAUUUUGUUACAAACAUUA